AUGCAUGCAGACGGCAUAUUUCCUCCUGUGGUGAACGGCACACGUCUUAUACCACCAUGCGCUACUGACCAAACUUGCGCAUAUGGUUUAAUGAACUAUUACCAGAUUACUGAGUUGGAGUCAUUCUUCGGCCCCCUCAUCACAGCCGGGAUCUUUGCGUCUGCGCUCAGCUCUGGUCUCGCAUCCCUUGUAAGCUCAUCGAAGGUUUUCAAGGCUGUUUGCCAAGACCAUCUUUUUCCCAGAAUUGAUUUUUUCGGAAAGGGCUAUGGAAAGAAUGAAGAACCAAGAAGAGCAUAUGUCCUUGGUUUCGUCAUUGCUAUUGCUGCAACAGCAGUAGGUUCUCUGAAUGCUAUCGCUCCCAUCAUAUCCAACUUCUUUCUUAUAACCUAUGCACUCAUCAACUAUGCGUGCUUUGAUGCAUCAUUUGCAGAUUCACCAGGUAAUUUUUACACUCACUGUGAGUCGAACUUACUUAAAAACUGGUGAAG